GGGAUGUUCACGGUAACGCGCAUCAGCGGCACGCGCUUCAUCACACACACAGGGCAGCGCGGUCACGUGAUCUCCAGGAGUCCCGGCCGGACCGGAGAAAUGUCCGUUCAUCCGAGCAUCGGUGAUUCAGCUCGAACUCUUCAAACGUCCACCCUAUCUCAGUGUAGAUGUUAUUUAGUGAUGUAUAAAUGUGACAAGGUGGAGUGCAGCGAGCAGCGUCGGUGAAGAGACACGCGUCGCGUCGCGUUUGCCGCAGCAUCCUUGAUGGACCGCAUGAAGAUCAUUAAGAAGCGGCUGUCCAUGAGCUUGCAGAGCGUCCGGCGUUUGGACGAGAGUCUGUCUGAGCUUCCAGAAGACACCGGCCUGGACGAGCCUCCCCUGACCCGAGACAUCGGUGUAGUCCAGGGGAAAAUGUGGUCGGAUGGAGAAAGUGAUCAAGCUUCAGGAACCUCCUCUGAUGAAGUCCAGAGUCCUGUAAGAGUGCGGAUGCGCAGUCUUCAACAGCGCCUCUCUAAUGAGGAAGUCAAUAAACGUCUUUCACUGCCAGCGGAUAUUCGUUUGCCGGAGGGUUACCUGAAGAAGUUCGCCUCGAACAGCCCGCCAUUUGACAAACCUCUCAGUCGCAGGUUUCGCAGAACGUCACUCUCAGAAAUCGGCUUUGGCAAAUUAGAGUCAUAUGUCAAACUGGACAAACUGGGAGAGGGCACAUAUGCCACUGUGUUUAAGGGUCGCAGUAAGUUAACGGAUAACCUAGUGGCUCUGAAGGAGAUCCGGCUGGAGUAUGAGGAAGGCGCUCCCUGCACCGCCAUACGAGAAGUGUCUCUCCUGAAGAACUUGAAACAUGCCAACAUCGUCACGCUCCACGACAUCAUCCACACAGAGAAGUGCCUUACACUCGUCUUCGAGUACUUGGAGAAGGACCUCAAGCAGUACCUGGAGGACUGUGGGAGCAUCAUGAGCGUUUAUAAUGUAAAGAUCUUCCUGUUCCAGCUCCUGCGAGGUCUGGCUUACUGUCAUCGGCAGAAAGUGUUGCACAGAGACCUCAAACCGCAGAACCUCCUCAUCAGCGACAGGGGCGAGCUCAAGCUGGCCGACUUCGGUCUCGCUCGUGAGAAGUCCGUUCCCUCAAAGACUUUCUCUAAUGAAGUAGUCACUCUCUGGUACAGACCUCCGGAUGUGCUGAUGGGGUCCACUGAGUACUUCACCUCCAUCGACAUCUGGGGUGUAGGUUGUAUAUUCUAUGAAAUGAUCACCGGACGCCCCCUCUUCCCUGGGUCGACAGUGGAGGAUGAACUUCAUCUUAUAUUUCGUAUCUUGGGUUCUCCUACUGAGGACUCUUGGCCAGGAGUCAAUACCAAUGAAAACUUCCUUUCCUUCAACUUCCCCCAUUAUGACGGGGAACCUCUGAUCACUCAUGCACCCAGGAUCACCAAUGACGGUCAUGAUCUGCUAUGCCAGUUUUUACAGUUUGAAGCAAGGCGGCGUAUUUCUGCAGAAGUGGCUCUUCGGCACGUUUAUUUCAGAGAAUUGGGAGACAAAGUACAGGACCUGGAUGACACUACCUCCAUCUUCUCCGUGAAGGAGAUUCGACUGCAGAGGGACCCAGGAAAACACUUUCCAGCGCAAAGAGAGUUGGCGGUGGUCCACCGAAUGGGCUCUGCCCCACCAGAACAUUUCCUCUCUGAGGGAGUGAAUCGUCUUCUUCAUCCAGCCCCGCUCUCCUCAUAGACCGGCUCAUGCAGAGUUCUCUUCCUUUGCAUCUGCUGUGCAACAUUUUGUUUGUCUUUCUUUGUUUACAAAGUUCUCUUAUCUUUUAACAUCUUUUUUAUUGUUUUUAUUUGCACAUGUUUUGUCUCUGUGUGUAAAUAUCUGUUUGAAAGACAAUGAAG